GCGGGUGUCAGCGGCGCGCAGCCCCUGGCGCGCUCUCAAAAAUCUACCUCCCGGCCCUGACUCCGGGCUUUCCCCGGGGAGGAGGCGCCGGGAGGGACAGUCGCUCCAAAGGUGCUGGGGAGGGCUCAGCUCAAAGAUCCGCGGUACUGCUAAGACCGGCGGCUGUAAGACCGCUUCUCCGGUUCGCCGAGCUGGAGUUGGAACUGCACCUCCAUGGGGCCACUGCCCCGGCUGCUGGGCAGCGGCUCCUCCAGACGGAGCCCCUGGCGGAGAAUGAGCCGGAGGCAGUGGCGAUCUCUCGGCAAAGCGACCGCGCCGGGUGGAUGCUGCGUUGGUUCACCACCGGGAUCUUGUUUGCUUCCUUCCUGGGGCUGGGAAUGAGUGUUGCUAUACUGGGACCCACAUUUCCAGAUUUGGCAAUAAAUGUGAACCGAAAUAUCAGUAGUCUUUCUUUCAUUUUUGUGGGCCGUGCCUUUGGAUAUUUGAGUGGCUCUGUGAUUGGUGGAGUUUUUUUUGACAUGAUGAAUCACUUUUUACUUUUGGGAAUAUCGAUGUUGGCUACCACAAUUGGUCUUUAUCUUGUUCCCUUCUGCAAGACAGCAGUAUUACUGACUGUCAUGAUGUCUGUCUUUGGUGCCUCAAUUGGCAUUCUGGAUACAGGUGGUAACGUCCUUAUCUUGGCUCUCUGGGGGGACAAAGGAGCCCCACAUAUGCAAGCCUUACACUUCUGUUUUGCCUUGGGUGCCUUUUUGGCUCCACUGCUAGCUAAGCUGGCUUUGGGGACGGCGCUGCCUGCUGAAAACCGCACAGAGUCUGACUUCCCCCAGCCUGCACUCAACCAGUCAUCUGAAGCUGACUCGGGACCCCUGUUCGGAGUACCUGCUGAUAAGAAUUUACUGUGGGCUUAUGCUAUUAUCGGUACUUACAUUUUAGUAAUUGCCAUCCUUUUAUUUGCUCUGUUUUUAAAGAAAAGCUCAAAGCAGGAAAAAUCAAAAGCUUCUGCUCAGACAUUUCGAAGAGCUAAGUAUCACAAGGCUCUCCUUUGUCUCCUCUUUAUAUUCUUCUUUUUUUAUGUUGGAGCUGAGGUGACAUAUGGCUCUUAUGUUUUCUCAUUUGCAACCACUCAUGCUGGCAUGAAAGAAAGUGAAGCAGCCGGGCUGAACUCCGUCUUCUGGGGGACCUUUGCGGCCUGCCGAGGCAUGGCGAUCUUCUUUGCUACAUGUUUACAACCUGGAACCAUGAUUGUGUUGAGCAACGUUGGCAGCCUGGCUUCAUCUUUAUUUCUGGUGCUUUUUGACAAGAACCCAAUUUGUCUCUGGAUUGCAACUUCAGUGUAUGGCGCCUCAAUGGCAACCACAUUUCCCAGUGGUGUUUCUUGGAUUGAGCAGUACACAACCAUCCAUGGGAAAGCUGCAGCAUUUUUUGUAAUUGGUGCUGCCCUGGGAGAAAUGGCUAUUCCUGCAGUCAUUGGAAUUCUUCAAGGAAAAUACCCUGAUUUGCCUGUAGUUCUAUAUACUUCUUUGGGGGCAGCAGUAGCCACUGGUAUUUUAUUUCCUGUGAUGUAUAAAUUAGCCACUUCACCUCUUCAUCGCCAGCAAAAAGAAAACAGAAAGAGUGAGGACCAGAAAGCGUUGCUGUCCAGCUCUGGGCUGAACGACUAUGAGGAAGAGAAUGAAGAGGAGGAGGCAGAAAAAUGGAAUGAAAUGGAUUUUGAAGUGAUUGAAAUGAAUGAUACAACGAGGCAUUCUGUAAUAGAGACAUCUAGAAACAUUUUGACGGAGCCCACAGCUGAAGUCUCCAGCCAGUCCUUCUCAAAUGCAUUAGUAUUUGAGUCCUCUCCCAUUGAUACCGGCAUCUCCCCUGUGAAGCACUUGCCAGAAACCAGGACAAAAGGGACUAACAAUUAGAAAAGAUGGGUUACUUGCUGACAUCUUGAAUAUCAUCACUUCUAAAGAUGCCAGUCAGAACAGAGCAUUAGCAGAUUUUCAGCAUGCUUUGGGAUUGAAAUUUCUAUGUCCCUUUAUAGCAAAUGCUAAAAAGUUUUGAAAUGUUCUCAUUCUCAUCAUCUUCCAUAAGUAAUCAAAUGGGUCUCAUACA